AUGGGUGCACACUCGAACGCGACAAUCUGGCAGUCCAUUAGGGGCAACCCCAAGGUCUUGUUCAUCGCCUUGUUUGCCUCACUCGGUGGUUUUGAAUAUGGUUACCAGCAAGGUGUCUUGGGCCAGUCCCUGGUCAUGACGAGGUUCACCGAGAACUUCCCAAAUGUUGUCAAAUCUGCUGGAGCAACUGGCUGGCUUACUUCAAUCCUUCAACUUGGUGGUCUACUCGGAUCUCUUACGGCUGGCGUUCUCAGCGAGCUCAUCUCGAGAAAGUACACGAUGUUCGUCGCAUGCUGCUGGGUAGUGCUCGGAUCCUUCCUUUACGUCGGUGCUCAACCAGGCGCUUCAUCUCUGUUAUAUGCUGGCAGGUUCUUCACUGGAGUCGGCGUCGGAUUGUUCAGUGGCGUCGGUCCUCUGUAUAAUGCUGAACUCUCAGCUCCCCACAUGAGAGGACUGCUCGUCUCCUUUUAUCAAUUGGCAACCAUUCUCGGCAUCAUGCUUUCUUUCUGGGUCGGCUACGGCAGCAAUUACAUUGGCGGUACCGGCAGUGGCCAGUCGAAUCUCGCCUGGCGCCUUCCCUCGAUCAUCCAGGGUAUUCCUGCUGUCGCUCUUGCUUUUGGCAUCUGCUUCAUGCCAUUCUCACCUAGGUGGCUGGUCAAGAUGGGUCGCGACGAUGAAGCCAGAAGCACACUCGCAUGGCUGCGUAAACUCCCGACCGAUCACGAUGAACUCGAGGCCGAGUACCUCGAGAUCAAGGCAGAAGCACUGUUCGAGCGCAAGGCUUUUGCCCGCGACUUCCCCGAGCUUGCUGAGCAAGGUCAGAGCCGUCUCAAGCAGCAGUUUGCGCAGUAUCGCAUGUGCUUCCGAUCCAAGGAUAACUUCAAGCGCAUCUGUACCGCCUGGCUUGUUAUGUUCUUCCAACAGUGGUCGGGCAUCGAUGCAAUUAUUUACUACGCGAGUAACGUGUUUAUAUCCCUCGGUUUGACUGGAGGAACAAAUGCAUUGUUGGCCACCGGUGUCACUGGCGUUGUUUUCCUCAUCAGCACCAUCCCCGCCAUGUUGAUCAUCGAUCGAGUCGGUCGUAAACCAAUGCUGCUUGUGGGCUCUGCCGUCAUGGGUGUCUGCAUGAUAAUCGUCGGAAUAAUCGUCGCCAAGUUCAGUCAUGAUUGGCCCGGUCAUGUCGCCGCUGGCUGGACCGCUGUAGCACUUAUCUGGGUCUACAUAGCAUCAUUCGGAGCGACGUGGGGGCCUGUGAGUUGGACCCUUGUUUCCGAGAUCUUCCCGCUGUCCAUCAGAGCGAAGGGUGCUUCGAUCGGUGCUUCAUCGAAUUGGCUCAACAACUUUGCUAUUGCUUUCUUCGUUCCUCCAAUGCUCAAGUCCUGGAAAUGGGGUACAUACAUCUUCUUUAGCGUCUUCCUUGCUGGUGCCAUUGUGUGGGUAUGGUUCUGCCUUCCGGAAACAAAAAAUGCCACUCUGGAAGAGAUGGAUCGUGUCUUCAACAGCCAGGCUGGCGAGAGAGAUGCUGUGCUACUUAGAGAAGCUCAGCAGGAGGUCAACAUGCUUGCAAUCAAGGUGGAGAAGGGCGAGAAGGGUCAUAUGGAGGAAGUCCAAAUGGUCUAA